AUGAUCGGCCUCUCUCAUGUCUUGCUAGCUCUCAGCUUGAUAAGCCCCAGUGGGGCUGCCGCGGCACCUACUUCUCCUCAAGCUUGUAACAAGAUCCAAUACGACUUUCCAUCGGGUACUAAUAAGAACAAUCCCCGCGCUCAAGCUGUGAAAGAGGCUUACGUGCGUGAGUGGAACGAGUAUAUGAAAUAUGCUUUCCCCAAUGAUGAUCUCAUGCCCGUAACUCAUAACUACACAAAUGACUUGUUUGGCUGGGGUGCAUCUGUUGUUGAUGGAAUUGAUACAGCCAUUGUCAUGGGUUUGACGGAUAUUGUCGAACUACAGUUGAAGCAUAUUGCUUCGGUUGAUUUCACCAAAUCUUCAUCCUUAGUCAACUUUUUCGACGUGAAUAUUCGCUAUUUGGGAGGGCUUCUGAGUGCCUAUGACUUGAUCAAGAGCGGGCAUUUUCCAAAUCCGUAUGACCAUGACCUGGUUGAAUCUCUCCUAUCCCAGGCCAAGUCCCUUGCGACAGCUAUUAGUCCAGUGUUUGACACGGUCACUGGUCUUCCUGCCGCUCAACGAAACUUCUCAACCGGUCAGAUAAUACCCAGUACUUCCACCAUAAAUGGAACAAAGUAUAACAGUACGAACACCGCUCAAGCUGGAACUUUGAUCCUGGAGUAUUAUCGUCUCUCGGAUCUCACCGGAGAUGAAUCCUUCAGGCAGCAUGCUCAAAAGGCAGAGGAUUAUUUGAUCAGCCCCAGUCCUGCGCCCAUAUUCCCUGGGCUGGUUGGCACUGAGUUGGACAUGGAAACCGGCAAAUUCAUCACUUUUGAUGCAGGCUGGCAAGCCGGUGUUGACAGCUUCAUCGAAUACCUGGUUAAAACCUACGUGUACAACCCAGAAGAUGAAUAUGCGGCAAAGCUGAGAGACUUCUGGGUGACUGCAUCCGAGUCAAGCAUUGAUAAUAUUGCAUUGAAUCCAUACCAUAAGCCAGAGUUGACAUUUUUGUCCCAGCUUGAUGCCAAUGGCAGCAUGAUGUGGACAAUGGAUGACUACACAUGUUUCGCAGGCGGAAACCUGCUCCUCGGAGGAAAGUAUCUUAAUCGACCUGAAUUUACUGAGUUAGGAUUGAAGGUGACAGACAGCUGCCACUGGCUGUACAACUCGACUACCACGGGAUUGGGACCUUCAAUGAUUGGGUGGUACAAUUCGAGCAACAAUGCCUACAAUCCAGCCUACAACAACAACGCAACUUACCGCGCCGAGGCCGCCAAAUACGGCUAUUUCAUCGAAGACCCAUCUUACCGCUCUUAUCCAGAGCCACUAGAAAGCAUUUGGUACGCAUAUCGCAUUACCGGCGAUACCCGCUGGCAAGAAUACAACUGGGAGAUCUUCCAAGCGCUGGACACCCAUCGAUCCGCCGCUGUGCCAUAUGCGGAGAUCUCUGAUGUGAAUGCUCCUGGCGGUGGAGAGUUGGUAAAUCUAGUUUCCAGUUUCUAUUUCGCAGAGGUGCUCAAGUACCUGUAUCUGUCAUUCACUGAGACAGAUGUUCUCAGUCUGGAUGAGUGGGUAUUUAACACCGAAAGUCACCCUUUCCUUAUUCAGAGCAGAUGUGCGUCGUCCUAG